UGUGCCCGCAGUGUGUGCGGGGAGAUGUGACAGUGAGAAGCCGAGCACAGGCCACCAUGUCCCCGGGAGCGGCCAGCAGGCUACCCCGCUUCUGAUACCUGCCUCCCGCCCCGACAGUCCCCCGUGCACCGGAGAGCAGCCCGGGAGCGGCUGCCAGGAGUAGAGGGGCCCCGCCUGCCACAACUCUGCCCAGGACCCGAGGGGCUCAGGCUCCGGAGCUGCUCGCACUUUGCUGGGAACUGCAGCUGCGGGGAAAUGUUGACUUAAUGUUGGAGACCUGAGAGAGAGAGAGAAGAGAGAGCUGAGCACCGGAUCCCGGGAUCUCUCAGCCCCGGAUCCACCGUGCCUCCAUCACUGGAGCCCGGCCAGGAGCACUGAAGCUACGGGGGUCCCCAAACUCCCUGGACCCCUCACUGGAUCCGGGCCCCCACAAUCCACUGGACCCCCUCUUUCCCUGCACAUCCAAGAUCCCUGAACCUACUUGAUCCCUCCGGUCCAUUGGAUCCCCUGGUGCCAUUCCUGGAGUCCACCCCUUGCUGGGUCCUCAGAAGCCCCUGGUGCUGGGUGCCGGGCUGCGAUCACCUGCAGACCCCCGACCACCCGGAUCCCGCCCGAUCGCCUCGUCUUGUUACUUUGUUACUUUCUGGAGGAAACUAUUGGGACCUUGUACAUUGUUACCUGGAAGCUGGGAGCAGUCAGCAGGCAUGAAGAGGAGUGAUGUCUAUCCCUCUCCUCAAUGAAGUUGCUCUAAUUUAACUGGAUUCAUUAAGGAAUACAAAGAAAUCAUUACAAGGGAUCAAUAAUGGUGGCUCCUGGCAGCAGAAUGCAAACCCAUUGGUUAUUCCUUCUUAUCGCCAUCUUGCAGUGUACAGAAGGUUUCAGUCGAGCGGCACUGCCUUUUGGCCUAGUAAGACGGGAACUCGCCUGUGAAGGAUAUCCCAUCGAUCUUCGAUGUCCGGGAAGUGAUGUCAUUAUGAUUGAAAGUGCCAACUACGGUCGUACAGACGACAAGAUCUGUGAUGCCGAUCCAUUUCAGAUGGAGAACGUAGACUGCCAUCUUCCAGAUGCUUACAAAAUCAUGUCACAAAGGUGUAACAAUAGGACGCAGUGUGUGGUGAUCACAGGAUCAGACGUGUUCCCUGACCCGUGUCCGGGGACCUACAAGUACUUGGAAGUCCAAUAUGAAUGUGUACCUUACAUUUUUGUUUGCCCUGGGGUGUUGAAAGGAGUUGUGGACUCACCAUAUAUUUUUGAAGCUGAACAGAAGGCAGGUGCCUGGUGCAAAGACCCCCUUCAAGCUGCAGAUAAAAUUUAUUUUAUGCCCUGGACACCGUAUCGUACGGAUACAUUAAUAGAAUAUGCUUCAUUGCAAGAUUUUCAAAAUGGGAGACAGACUACAACAUAUAAACUUCCGAACCGAGUGGACGGCACUGGAUUUGUGGUUUAUGAUGGGGCUGUGUUUUUCAACAAGGAACGAACGAGAAAUAUUGUUAAGUUUGACUUGAGGACUAGAAUCAAGAGCGGGGAGGCAAUUAUAAAUUAUGCCAAUUACCACGACACAUCUCCAUAUAGAUGGGGCGGAAAAACUGAUAUCGAUUUGGCGGUCGAUGAAAAUGGCUUAUGGGUAAUCUAUGCGACAGAGCAAAACAAUGGGAUGAUCGUGAUCAGCCAAUUAAAUCCUUACACCCUUCGGUUUGAGGCAACGUUUGAAACCUCUUACGAUAAACGGGCUGCCUCAAAUGCAUUUAUGAUAUGUGGCGUCCUGUAUGUGGUGAGGUCAGUCUACCAAGACAACGAGAGUGAAACUGGGAAGAAUGCAAUUGACUACAUCUUCAACACCAAGCUGAACCGAGGAGAGUCUGUUGAUAUUCCAUUCCCCAAUCAGUAUCAAUACAUUGCCGCUGUGGAUUACAACCCUAGGGAUAACCAGCUGUACGUGUGGAAUAACAACUUUAUUCUACGAUACUCUCUAGAGUUUAUCCUUCAGGACUUAGCCCAAGUGCCUACAACCAUAGUGGCAGAAACACCACCAGUUCAGCUACUCGAGACAACCGUAUCAACCACUACCACGACUUCACAGAAAGCUCUAAUUAGCACUACAUCAGCUGCAGGUACAAAGGAAGGAAGUAAAGGACUCAAGCCUCCAGCGGUCCUUUCUACCACAAAGAAUCCUCCGCCAACCAGCGCCUUCCCUCUGCCGGAGAAGUUCUGUCUAGCCAAGGAAUUGAAGGGGAUCAGUUGGCCACAGACACAAAGAGGGAUGCUUGUGGAACGACCCUGCCCCAAAGGAACCCGAGGAACGGCUUCGUACCUCUGUUUGAUCACAACUGGAACCUGGAACGACAGGGGACCAGAUCUUAGCAAUUGCACCUCACAUUGGGUCAACCAGCUGGCUCAAAAGAUUAGGAGUGGAGAGAACGCUGCUAACCUUGCUAACGAUCUGGCAAAGUACACCAAAGAACCAGUGUUUGCCGGUGACAUCAGCUCAACGAUUAGACUCAUGGAACAGCUGGUGGACAUCUUGGAUGCUCAAUUACAGGAGCUGAAACCUAGUGAGAAGGACUCCGUUGGGCGAAGUUAUAACAAGCUGCAAAAGCGAGAGAAGACUUGCAGAGUCUACUUAAAGGCUAUUGUAGACACCGUGGACAAUCUGCUGAGGUUUGAUGCUUUGGAGUCUUGGAGAGACAUGAAUUCCUCGGAGCAAGCACACGCUGCCACAAUGUUACUGGAUACCCUUGAGGAAGGUGCAUUUGUAUUGGCGGACAACCUGGCCGACCCGACAAGAGUCACUAUGCCCACAAAUAAUAUAGUUCUCGAAGUGGCUGUGCUCAAUACAGAGGGCCAGGUGCAAGAGUUGAGAUUUCCUCAGGGCAACAACGAAGAGAACCUGAUCCAGCUCUCUGCAAACACCGUCAAACAGAACAGCAGGAAUGGCUUAGCCAAGCUGGUCUUCAUCAAGUAUAAAAGCCUGGGCCAGUUCCUCAGCACCGAAAAUGCCACCAUAAAACUCGGCAGUGAUCUAGCCGGUCGGAACAGCACACGGAUUGCCGUGAACUCUGACGUGAUCGCAGCCUCCAUUAACAAGGAAUCUAGUCGCGUUUUCUUAACGGAUCCCGUGUACUUCACACUGAAGCACAUUGACCCUCACAAUUAUUUUAAUGCCAAUUGCUCUUUCUGGAACUACUCUGAGAGAACGAUGAUGGGAUAUUGGUCCACACAGGGUUGCCGUUUGAUAGAAACCAAUCUCACUCACACAACCUGCGCUUGUAGUCACUUAACCAAUUUUGCUAUACUCAUGGCCCAUCGAGAGAUCGUGUACAAAGACAGUAGACACGGACAGUUCCUGGAUGUCAUAACACGGAUGGGAAUAGUCAUCUCCCUGGUCUGUCUUGCCAUUUGUAUUUUUACCUUCUGCUUCUUCCGUGGUCUUCAGAGUGAUCGAAAUACAAUACACAAGAAUCUUUGCAUCAACCUGUUCAUUGCAGAGUCUUUGUUCUUGAUCAGCAUUGAUAAAACAAGCAAUAUGAUUGCCUGUGCUAUCCUCGCUGGGCUCCUUCACUACUUCUUCCUGGCGGCCUUCGCCUGGAUGUGCCUGGAAGGUGUCCAACUUUACCUCAUGCUUGUGGAAGUAUUUGAAAGCGAAUAUUCAAGGAAAAAGUAUUACUACGUUGUCGGUUACCUCUUCCCUGCUGUGGUGGUUGGUGUCUCGGCAGCUAUUGACCAUAAAGGUUAUGGAACAGAGAAAGCGUGCUGGCUGAAAGUAGACAACAAUUUCAUCUGGAGUUUUAUUGGUCCAGUGGCUUUCAUUAUUCUGCUCAAUCUUGUUUUCCUGGUGAUCACGCUGUGCAAAAUGGUGAAACACUCCAACACUUUAAAACCAGACUCCAGCCGCCUGGAAAACAUUAAGUCCUGGGUUCUUGGUGCUUUCGCCCUCAUGUGUCUGCUUGGAGUUACGUGGUCUUUUGGUCUGUUCCUCAUCAAUGAGGAGACUGUUGUAAUGACAUACCUCUUCACAGUGUUCAACGCCUUCCAAGGAAUGUUUAUUUUUAUAUUCCACUGUGCCCUUCAGAAGAAAGUACGCAAGGAGUACAGCAAGUGUUUCAGGCACACUUACUGCUGUGGUGGUCUUCCAACCGAAAGCCCUCACAGCGUGGUGAAAGCUUCAACUGCAAGAACCAGCGCUCGAUAUUCCUCUGGCACCCAGAGUCGGAUCAGAAGAAUGUGGAAUGACACAGUGAGAAAACAAUCCGAAUCUUCCUUCAUCUCAGGUGACAUAAACAGCACAUCAACGCUUAACCAAGGAAUGACUGGCAAUUAUCUACUAACAAACCCUCUUCUUCGACCCCACGGCACUAACAACCCCUAUAACACACUGCUCGCCGAAACUGUUGUAUGUAAUACCCCUACUGCUCCUGUGUUUAACCCACCAGGACAUUCACUGAACCAUGUCAGGGAUUCAAGUGCCAUGGAUACUCUACCGCUAAAUGGUAACUUUAACAACAGCUACUCUCUGCGGAACGGGAACUACGGUGACGGAGUACAAGUUGUGGACUGUGGACUAAGUCUGAAUGAUACAGCAUUUGAAAAAAUGAUCAUUUCAGAACUAGUGCACAAUAACCUGCGAUGUAGCAGCAAGAACCACAAUUUGGAGAGAACCUUGCCUGUCAAAACUGUUAUAGGGGGAAGCAGCAGCGAAGACGACGCCAUAGUAGCUGAUGCUUCCUCUUUAAUGCACGGUGAUACCCCAGGGCUGGAACUUCACCACAAAGAGCUAGAAGCACCACUUAUUCCCCAACGGACUCACUCUCUUCUGUAUCACCCACAGAAAAAAGUGAAGACCGAAGGAACGGACAGCUAUGUGUCACAGUUAACCGCCGAAGCCGACGACAAUCUUCAAUCCCCAAAUAGAGACUCCCUUUACACUAGUAUGCCCAACCUACGGGACUCUCCAUACCCAGAGAGUAGCCCUGACGUUGAAGAGGAUUUAUCGCCCUCUAGGAAGAGUGAAAAUGAGGACGUUUAUUAUAAAAGCAUGCCAAAUCUUGGAUCUGGGCACCAUCUUCAGAUGUACUACCAGAUAAGCAGGGGCAACAGCGAUGGUUAUAUUAUCCCCAUAAACAAAGAAGGCUGUGUCCCUGAAGGAGAUGUCAGAGAAGGACAAAUGCAGUUAGUCACAAGUCUUUAAUAAAAAGAGAUUAUAGGGGUGCAAAUGGCUCUUGCAGGUAUUAAAAGACUCAAAUUUCUUCGACUGAGGCCACCUUAUUUGUGAUUGGCAGCCUAGUAAGGACUCGCAGCUCUCCAUUGUGUAGGAAAGUGAUGGACAUUUUCAGUUCUGUGAAUUUUUUUUAAAUAAAUUAAAAAUAAAAAACAAAAAAAAACUUUGUAUAUACACAGAGUAUACUAAGAUUAUUUGUUACAAAGCAAAGAGGUACCAACACGGUAUUUAAACUAUCUGCUGCUGAAAAAAAAGACUUUUUGGAGGAAAAUAAAUACAUCGGCAAAUCCGCCUUUUGCUGCAGCAGCUCCAGAACCGAAUUUGUAAAUAUGGUUGCCAUUUUGUGAGGCCUGCGUUGUAUUAUAUACAAGAUGUGGGCUCCGAAAUCCUGUGGGAUCGAUUUACUGUACCAUACUGUUUCUGAGUAGUCUGCAGGAUGUUUUUGUUUUAUUUUAUUUUUUUCCUCCUGCUUUGCAGGUCACUGCAGAUCCUUCCCAUUGAGGCAAAAGAUUAAAAACAUGUCUAACCACUAGCAAUCAAGCCACUGGCCUUAUUUCAUAUGUUUUCUCAACUGUACAAUGAACUGUUACCAUGGAAAAACAAAUGGCAAAUAAAUUAUAUUUUGUUCUAUUGCUAGGGUGAAAUACAUUUGUGUCCAACUUGAAAUAUAAAAUGUCAAUUAAAUAAUUUUGAAAUUGACAAAAUAUUGUGAAAAAUCUCGAUUGCACAAAGCUUUUUUUUCUUCUUUUUAUACAUGCUUGUUUAAUGUGGUAUUAAAUGAGGCAAUUCAUUAUUAAGAUUCCUUUUCAUGACGGUUUUGGUCCACGUCAAUAUUUGAAUUUUUUUUCUGUUUUUAAUUUGAUGCCAAAUGCAUUUUUUUUUUUUUUAAAGAGCCUUUAUUAUAUUCAUGAGCCAACGUUGCCGUUAAUUGCACAAAUUUGGUAAAUCUGGCAAAUCAUUGAACAGGGAUUCCUGGCACAAGUUACUUCUAUAAAUUCUGAAAUAAGCCGUGCCUGACCUACAUAAAUAUAUAUAUAUUUUUUAAAUAACAGUCUGGAAUAUUACUCUAUGAUUUUUCUGCUUAUGUUUAGCCAUUAAUUUAUUUUAUAAUUAAAGAAAUGUGUACAUUUUCAGUGAAAAUUUCUUAUCUUUUAUUUGUUUUCUUUUAAACUUCAGCUGUUAAUAAGAGCCCAUCACUAAUAUCCAAUGUAAAGAUUAACACCUGUUUGACAGUAAAUAAAUGUGAAUUUUUUUUUCAAAAAUGCUACUGCUGUUUUUAUGGUUUGUAGGGUUGAAACAGGCUAUUCCGAGAGUCCUAUGUUGACUCACUGUAGGGAUAGUGAGAAAUUAGCAAAUUUGACAAUAAAACCUCUUUACUUUUGUAAUAAAAGUCUUCUAUCCAUUA